AUGCUUAUUCCUAUGGACCCAUCGACUGUGUCGACUAUCCGAUUUCCCGAAUUCAAAUCCGCUGGUGCGCAUCUUCGCACCCAAGAGAUGAAGCUACCGACGAACAUUGGCCAGAAGAAGCUCAAGAACAUCGAAGUGGUCCUGAAUAAGUGCAAAUUAGAUCUGAAUCCCAUGGGUGAGGGUACCGUUGUUGCGGCGUAUAACGAAUUCCGUUCCAACGUAGUUGCUCUGCAAGAAUUGAAAGCAAUGUUGCAGACGUCAGAGUUUGAACUCGAAACUACGCGUAGCAGAAUGGUUGAGGAUGGUAAACAACCAUUUGACAUUGAACCACGAAUGCGUAUCUCUUGUUUGCCUGAUGGUGGACUGGAUGCAGAAGAUCUCACUGGAGAGGAAUCAGCUCCUGCUUCGGUUCGACGAAUCACUUCGUUCAUUGAUACUUCUACUUCCUCCAAUCCGCUACUGGUGCGUAAGCGCAAAUUCGGUAUUUCGUCGUCUCAAAUUGAUCUCGUGCGUUCUCGAAAGAAUUAG